CGCCAUUUACAAGUUUCAACCUUUCCGACCUAAAGAGAAAAUGUUUAACGCGAGGCAGAGAGACCCUGAAGUCGAUGUUUUCUUUCACUGGAGUGACGAACAGCUCGUUGACUACCUUCUCAAAGAAUAUGGCAAUGAACUGGCGAGACUUACUCGUGCCUAUUCCAUCCGCUCUCCAGAAGAUGACAACCCAAACGCUCCAGAAUCCCCUUCUCAGAUCGCCCUCGGGCAAAACUACGACGAAGUAAACCGUACGCUUACCAGCGUGUUCGCCCUCCGCUGGCUGUACAAUGACGACUACGAAACCUUUGUGCAAAAUCAGCCCAAAGAUGUCAAGUUAACUCGGAACUCGUUCAAAUGGCUUCGAAAUAUUGUGUUGCAAGGCAUACAGACACCUCAAGAUCUGUUCGCGCUUGUCAUGUCUGUCAUCGUGAAUGACCUAGGGAAAGACCCAGAGUUAGCGGCUGAUUACCGCAAGCGCACAGGCAAGAACGUCUCCCACCUCAACCACGAUAUGAUUCUUCUGCUAGCUGUCAGAGAAGGUCUUGUACCAUGUCUCAAUCGGUUGCCUUCUGCACAUAAGGCAGACAUCAUCAGAGGCAUGGAGCUGGGCGCGGAGUACAAUUUUGGACAGCUGGCUCAAGCCGAGGCACCACCGGUAUGCUUGGAGAGACUUCGCAGCAUGUCCAGUCACGAAAGGGCCUUUGAUGUUAGGUUUCAAGAGCAGCUUCUGGACAUCGCGGGCGCAGCGGGCCACAUGGACUGGACCUGUGCCAAAAAAAUGAUCGAGCCCAUUUGUAUCGCUUAUCGGGAUGUAUACGAUGCAUCAAAGAGAGUUAUCACUAGCGAGUGCAAUCUGCCCCAAGCUUACGAUUUGGUACUAGAGCGAAGGGCACAACGAUUGUCCAAACUCGGAUUCCGCCUGCUCGCGAUCACAGACCAGCAAGAUCGUGCGCUGUGCCGACUACUUUGCAUGGGCGGCGUUGCAAAUUCGCAUACUGCGCAACUCUACGAAACCACUUGGGUUGAACUUGAAGAGCCAGUGAGGGCUUUCUUGGUGACCUCGCUAAACGCUGAAGGUUCAACCGUGGAGCCGGCCAUGCAGCCAACGUACAUGCCGGCGCUCCUUACCCGAGGACUCGCAGCUGCCGCGUCACAGGACAGCGACAAGCAAAAAGAAGUGCUUCACAUCAUGUUUCAGUAUCUUGCGCGCGUCUUGGAGAUGCCUGGAGGUUCACCCUCUGUAAGCGUCUUAGAGCGAAACCUGCUUUUUGUUGUGAAAGCAGUACCAUCGGACCCAGACUUCAUUGCUCGACCCGACAUUCUACUUGGAGCUGGUAUACCAAAGGCAGAAAUUGCGAGGGCAUGAGAUAUAACAAAUGC